CAUAUUAUUUACCAUUAUGAAGGUUUCAAUAAUGGGCACGGUUUUUGUGGUCUGUGCUCUGCUUGUGCCGCCUGCGUUGGGAUUGCCUAAAACACAAUGCCCUUUACACACUCAUCACUCCCGACAAGACGACCUCGUCACUAACUUGCCCGGCCAACCCCUCGUCGGAUUCCGCCAUUUCGCCGGCUAUGUCACCGUCCACGAGCCCCAUGGCAGGGCAUUGUUUUACUGGUUCUAUGAAGCCGCCUCUCACCCUGACCAAAAACCCUUGGUUCUUUGGCUCAAUGGAGGUCCUGGGUGCUCCUCUGUGGGUUAUGGAGCAACACAAGAGAUUGGUCCUUUCAUAGUGGACAAUGAUGCAAAUGGACUCAAAUUAAAUGACUAUUCUUGGAAUAAAGAGGCCAAUAUGUUGUUCUUGGAAUCUCCUGUUGGUGUCGGCUUUUCUUACACAAAUACAACUACCGAUUACCACAAUUUGGGCGACGAAUUUACAGCAAACGAUGCUUAUACCUUUCUACAAAACUGGUUCCUCAAGUUUCCAUCCUACAAAAACCAUACAUUUUACAUCGCAGGAGAAAGCUAUGCAGGCAAAUAUGUUCCCGAGCUGGCUGAGCUCAUCUAUGAUAGGAAUAAAGAUUCCUCCUUUCACAUCGAUUUGCAUGGGGUUUUGUUGGGAAACCCUGAAACUUCUGAUGGCGAUGAUUGGCGAGGGAUGGUGGAUUAUGCAUGGAGCCAUGCAGUUAUUUCGGAUGAAACUCAUAAAAUUAUAAGAGAAAGCUGUGAUUUUAAUAGCAAUGAUACUUGGAGUAAUAAUAAUUGUAGUGGUGGUGUCGAUGAAAUGCUUAGACAAUACAAAGAAAUUGAUAUCUAUAGUCUUUAUACGCCUCUUUGCAUGGCCAAUUCUUCAUCUGCUGAUGGCAAUCUCAUGCAAGCGCUUAUGAUCAAGCGUUCCAAUACCAUGAUGCCGAGAAUGAUGGGUGGAUAUGAUCCGUGCCUUGAUGGUUAUGCGAAAACGUUUUAUAAUAGACCCGAUGUGCAAGAAGCCCUCCAUGUGAGUGAUGGGCAUCAGCUAAAAAAUUGGAGCAUUUGCAA